AUGCUGGGCUUCAGCACCACGACCUGGGCCAUCAUCCUCGGCGUGGGAUACGUUGCAUCAACGGGACGUGAUGCGCGGCUCCUGACUCGGGGCCUCGGGUACUACACGGGCCGCGCUGUGGGGUUCGCGCUGCACAUGCGGUCGAAGUUCCUGGGCAACAACCCGCUCUGGCAGGUGCAGAACGAGAUCUGGGAGUCCCUCUGGGAGCUGCAGAGCGUCAAGAACGACAUCCGACAGGCGACCGCGCGGCGCCCGUACAUGUCGCGCCCGCCCACCUUCUUCACCGAGCGCGUGGACCCAGGAGCCAACCCUGCUGACAGAUUUAACCCCAACGACAGCGGGGGGGCGGCUGCACGGGGCGCCGCGCCGGAGGCUCGCGGGGAACAGCCCGCGCCGCAGAGCACAGCUGCCGCGUUCACCGCCGAGGACAUGCAGCGCGUGCUGGGGACGUCCGGCGCCGUGCGCAGCGCGGGAGGCACCUCCCCCGGCACCGGCGACUCCGCACCGAGCGCGACCGGAGCACAGCCGGACGCGCGCGCGCAGGGGUCGGACGAGUCGGGGGCGGGCUGGGGCCCGGGGCCUGCGGCGUGGGGUGCGACCCCGCCCCCCGCGGGUGCGGCGGCGGCAGCGUUCAUUGACGUGUCGGCGUCGGACGUGGGCAAGGCGGGGCACGGCGCGGCGGCGGCGGCGCUGAGCGGCACGGACAUCCUGGCGGACGCGCUGGACGAGGAGGAGGUCGCGGCGGUCGCGCGGCGCGCGAUACGGCGGCCGGACGCCCCGCCACCUCCACGAUGA